UUGUCUGGUUACUUAAUCAUGAAUUUAUCUCAUCAGGCUUUAAGACCAAGAAUGCUUUUGAAUUGUAACUCUAAUUCAAAUGUAUGGUAAGUUUGUUUUCAUCAUUUCUUUCAUUUGGCUUUGAUAUCACCUCGUCACCAAAUCAAUUAAACAUCUUAUCCCUAAUCACACUAAGCUAGGUCAAGUUUGAAUGCUUCAUUUUGUAUUCAAUAAAGGGAUUCAAGUGAAGAGAUCAAUUCUUAAGAGAAGUAUGAGUGUAUGAUUGAAGAGAGAUGUGGAGGAUGGCCAGUGUGGUUUGCAAUUUGCAUGUUGUUUUCUCUCUGUGACUCAUCUUUAGAAUCGGGCUGACAUCAAGUUUCCUGGUAGCAAAUAUGGAUAUAGAUUACUCAUUCAAUGCCAAUACAUGUGAGAUAGUAGAAGCAAGAGAAGAGAUCAUUUGUAAGUUCAAAAUAGAUGAAAAGCCUGAGAGUAGUUGUGCCCACAAAUCAGGCAAAAAGUAUUCUAUAGAGGAUGAUAUCAAUCGUCUUUUGCAGGCUAUUGAUAUUGAAAAUUCAGCUAGAGCUCUAAAUACACCUGAUUCACAAAAGAGUGCUCUUAAAAAGCCUAUAAAAAUCACUUCAUCUCAGACAUCUGGAAUUGGCCUCUCAGAACCUGUAAGUUUAAAGCAGGCAUUUAGAGGGUUGUGCAUCUCACAUGCAUCAAAAAUGGCUGCAUUGAAGCGAUUAUCAAAGCCAUCCACUUCGUCAAGAGUAUCAAAGGUUGGAAUAUCUAGACCUUCUAAUGAAUUAGGAUGCAAUGACAAUAAUGAGAUAUCAAAUUCAAGUGCUCAUCACUCUACUUCUUUUGUUAAUGCAACAAACCCAAAACCAAUGUCAACCAGAUCAUCAUAUCAAAACCAAAUUGGCCCUCUUGCAUCAGAAGUUCAGGGUGAAAAGCUAGUCACGAGGCUUGAACAACAUGUACUAGCAAAUUCAACAUCUGUUGUUGCCUAUUCUAGUAAUGAAGUGUUGGAGCUAGAUAUUAGACUUAAAACGUUUUGUGAUUCCUCCAGAAAAGAUUCUCUCGGUUCUUCAAUGCCAAAUAAGGGAAUGGAAGCAAACUUAAAUUCUCCACCUAGUUCUGGCACAGGUAAUGGGGUGGAGAAACCCACAAAUAGUAUUACAUCUUUCGCAAAGCCAAUAUUUAGGGACAAGAACUUUCAUAAAAAUAAAGUGAAGCAAGAUUUAUGUUCUUCGUCGAGCUGCUCCAAUCUAUGUACCAUAAACAUUGGCAAUGAUUUGGCCUUCUGUACAAGUAAUUUGAACAAGGUGACUGAUAACUCUGAUUCAAAGAAUGAAAUGAAAGAAAAAAGGAAGUUGCCAUUCAAACAUUCAAACCAUAGCAUUGAAGUUUACUCAGUUAAUGCUAGCAUGGAUUCAAGCAAACAUGGUUUCUGUUUGACUGACAAAAACAGAACUAGGUUUCUAGUGACAAAAUUUGAUGAGAAAUCAAGAUCAAAAGAGAAGGGUGAACUCUCACAAAGUCCCAAAAGUAGCACUAGUGAUUAUCGUAGUAUCAGUAAGGAGAAAAAUCUAAGUGGUUCCAGUUGCAACGGGCACAGGCCUCACAUGUCAAAGCACGCAAGAUGGGAAGCAGUUCAUGUUAUUGAGCAGCAACAUGGUCAUUUAAGUUGGAGGAACUUCAAGGUCCUCAAAAGACUUGGUCGUGGGGACAUUGGAAUUGUUUAUCUUGCUCAACUAAUUGGUACGAGUAGCCUUUUUGCAGUAAAAGUGAUGGAGAAUGACAUUUUAGUAAACCAGAAGAAAACAUCGAGGGCUCAAAUUGAAAGAGAAAUAUUGCAAAUGCUAGAUCAUCCGUUUCUUCCUACACUUUAUGCCCAUUUUACAACGGAUAAGCUCUCUUGCUUGGUUAUGGAGUAUUGUCCAGGUGGAGAUUUGCAUGUGCUACGCCAAAGGCAACCAUCUAAGAGUUUCUCAGAACAUGCAACCAGGUUUUAUGUUGCUGAAGUUCUCCUUGCCCUGGAGUAUUUGCACAUGCUAGGAGUUGUAUAUAGAGACUUGAAGCCAGAAAAUAUUCUGGUACGAGAAGAUGGCCACAUUAUGCUUACGGAUUUUGACUUGUCACUCAGAUGUUGGGUUAAUCCAGUGUUGGUCAAGUCACCUUCACCAAGUGUGGAUCCAACAAAGAUGUCUAGUUCUUGUUUAAAGGCUAUCUGCAUGCACCCUUUCUGUCUUCAACCAAAUUGGCAUGUCUCCUGUACUCCUAUUUUAUUAUCAGGUGGAGCAAAGCCUCAAAAAACUAAGGCUGAAAUAAGUGGUCAGGUUGGUCCACUGCCACAGCUUAUAGUGGAGCCUAUCAAUGCUCGAUCAAACUCGUUUGUUGGAACCUAUGAAUACCUUGCUCCGGAAAUCAUAAAAGGUGAGGGUCAUGGGAGUGCUGUAGAUUGGUGGACUUUUGGUAUACUAUUGUUUGAACUUAUAUAUGGUAUAACUCCAUUCAAGGGCCCAUCAUAUGAAGAUACAUUAGCCAAUGUUGUGUCACAGAGCCUUAAGUUCCCAGAUACUCCUAUAGUGAGUUUUCGAGCAAGAGAUUUGAUCAAACGAUUGUUGAUAAAAGACCCUAAAAGUCGAUUAGGUUUUGUAAAAGGUGCUACUGAGAUAAGGCAGCAUUCCUUCUUUGAAGGCCUCAAUUGGGCUCUUAUACGUUGUGCACCACCACCCAAGCUCCUCAAAUUUUGUGAUUUUGGAACUAGUCUUCAAUCCAUGAAGAAUGCCAUCGAUUCACAAGAUUGUGAAGAGUUUGACAUGUUUUAGUUAGUCAAAUUCUCCCUCCCCCAUUUUCUUCCUUUUCAUUGAAUGGGGUAAAGGAUUAAGUAAAUGAAGUUGGCGGCUUGCUUUCAAAAGUUAUUGUCAUCCAUGUAACACUUUGGGACACUUUAUUUAUGAGAAAGUGUUUUUUAUUAUAUUUCUUGA